AUGGGUCAGAAUGUUGAGCAAGAGAGAAUCCGCGAGUUAUCCAAAUAUUAUUGUAUUUUCGAACCCUCGACAACCUCGGAUUCGGUGGAUGGGGUCCAGGAAACACCCUUCCCUCGUCUUUCAAAUGAUACCACAUUGACCGCCCUGACCCAACUGGGUGUCUAUCGCUUUGGAUGCAAUCGAUCCUUUGUGUCAAUCAUCGAUGGAGAAAGCCAACAUGUCAUUGCAGAGGCAACUGCCUCGAUCUCUCUUCGAAACAAAGACUUUCAUCGCCCGGACGAUGGCAUUUUCCUGGGUGUCAACACACUUGACUUGGAAUGGGGGGUGUGUCCCCACGCCAUUCGACUUUUCACGGGACAGGACCCUUCCCAGAUACUAGACACGGAGAACAUAACGGCCAACCAGACGCGCAACAUCAUUCGUGAUUUUACCAAGGAGGAUUUCUACAAAGAUCGCCCGUAUGUGGUCAACUGGCCUUUCUUUCGAUUCUACGCCGAGGUGCCAUUGUACAGUCCCUCCGGGUUCGUACUAGGUUCAUAUUGUGUGGUGGACAACAAGCCACGAACGAUAUUUGGAGAAGAAGAUGUGGCUUCUCUUCGGGAGAUUGCCGACUCGAUUUCAAACCACCUUGAAAACUCGCGGAUCGUCCAGUACCAUCGUCGUUCGGAGAACUUGGUCAAAGGGUUGACAAACUUUGUCAAAAGUCGUUCGAAAUUCGAUCCUACUGGCUUCUCUACUCAAGGCCAGAUUGAGGCAUCUGCGAAAAAACUCAAUUCCGAGGAUUUGGGACUAAUAGCCAUCCCAGCCGAUGUGGGUGAAAAGCUCGAUUCUUUGCCCACAGAAAAGGAUAUUGGUGUCUAUUCAUCUCUUGAUGAAAGGUCGUCCACAAGUUUCGAUGGAAAGGAAGUGUCGAUAUUUUCUCGAAACGUUGCUUGCAAGUCAAACUAUACACUACCAUCGUCGCUUUCUCGAACCUCGGACCGAGUGGAACCGCUUCCCUCCUCCGUGGAAGGAACCCCGGAAUCACUAGUGCCAGAAAAGGUGUCUAUCGCUGAACGCAUAGCUGCGAUAUUUGCCCGUGCCAGUCUCCUGCUGAGAGAAUCUCUAGAUCUGGACGGCGUGGUCUUUCUUGAUGCCCACCGGAAUGACCCGCAAUUCGACUCUUCUGGACGGCAUGAUGAUUGGGACGCCUUGCCAAAUCUCGAGACCAGUGCCACAAUUGCUGCAGGCUCUUCCCCUUGGGGUAUUCCUAAUGCAAGUGCGCCCAAAGAUGCAGAAAGCUACUGUGGCUCCUUGGGUCAGGCUAUAAGCUGCAGGCCAGCUAAUAGCAAUACUGACUCAAAAUAUCAGGUCAAGUUGACCGAGGAGUUGCUGCAUUUGUUGAUCACACACUUUCCAGAUGGCCACAUCUUCAACAUAGGGAACAAGAGUAACCCGGAUAGCCCCCCGGACUCUGCAAGUGGCAAUGCGAGGAUUCGCACUCCCGAUUUCGAAACCAUUCGCCAUAUCUCUCGUCGUCUUGCUCAUGAGUUCCCCGAAGCUAAGUGUGUGCUUUUCUAUCCUUUGUGGGAUUGGAACAAAUCGCGAUGGCUUGCAGGUACACUGGUAUGGGUAAAUGGAAGCCAUCGUCCCUUGGGCACAGAAGAUUUGCACUACUUUAAAGCUUUCGGGGAUUCUAUGAUCUCCGAAGUAUCCCGGAUACACUGGACCACCAGUGAGAACUCGAAAUUCGACUUUGUAACUUCCAUCAGUCAUGAACUUCGCUCCCCAUUACAUGGGAUUCUCGCCAGCGCAGAGCUGCUACAUGAUAUCCCACUUCAGACCGCACACCGUGAUGUGGUUAAUAUGAUCUCAACGUCAGGUCUCACCUUGCUGGACACAAUAAAUCACCUGCUGGAUUACUGUAAGAUCAACAACUUGGCGACUACGAAAAGCCUCAGCGUGACCAACGGUGAAGAUUCUUCAACAACCCUAGUCUCUGACUUCAGUCUCGAUUCCUUGGUCGAGGAAGUCGCUGUGAUACUCCAUACCGGCCGAAAGGCGCCCGUGCCGGUCUCCUCUCUUGCAAGUGAUACAGCUACUGCGACUCCGUUGUCUCAACCCAUCUCUCAUGUCACUCGAAAUGGGGAUGAAUUGUCGGUGGUAGUAAACAUCGAGCAGUCCGGCUCCUGGGAUAUCCGAUCAGUUGCUGGCGCCUGGAGGAGAAUAGUGAUGAAUCUGCUCGGCAACGCAAUAAAAUGGACGCAGAUAGGCCUCAUCGAGGUAUCGUUGUCACAAGCCGCAGCCCAAACCGAAGCAGAACCUCGCCUUAUCCAUCUCCGAGUUACAGACACCGGCCGAGGAAUUAAAGAAGACUUUCUUAGAAACUCGGCAUUCUCGCCAUUCGCCCAGGAAGACGCCCUGUCAGAUGGUGUUGGACUUGGACUGAGUGUCGUGCAUAAGCUGGUGACUUAUUUGGGUGGUCAUUUGAAAAUUAAGAGCGAACACGGUGUUGGUACCCAGGUUGAUGUUUACAUCACCGCACAGCACGCCAUGGACCAUGUCCCCAAGUUGUUCGACGAUGCUUCCUCAAUAGGAAUUCAAAGACACAAGUACCCUCUGAACGCAUGCCUCGUUGGGUUUAACGGCUGUCCUGAUUUGAAGGAGACACCCACUGGUAUCCUGAGCUCCGAUGCGAAACGAAUGCUUUCUAUUCAAAGCACGCUCGCCAAUGUGUUCCGGGUACAACUCGGAUGGAAUAUCGCAUUGGCAGACUCACUUGAGAAGGGACAGGGUGACAUCGCAGUCAUUGAGGAGGCAAAAUUCCAGGCUAUGUUGAAUGAGCAAUCACCUUCUACCAUGAAUACCGGCCAUCAUUUCAAAUUCUUCAUCGUCCUGGGCAGCACGACGUCCUCGCUAGGCCCGUCUCUUCCUUUCAAUGCCAUCCUAAUGACACAGCCAUAUGGACCUCAGAAGAUCCGUGAAACCGCUCGAAGGAUCAUGGAUCUACAAAAUUCACAAGCUCAAAUCGGCGUCCUUGAAGCUCCAGUUGAGGCUCCACCAACAAGCCAUGAGAUUCUUCCGCCGGAACCUACUACUCCCACCCUACCAGAAAUAUCGAAAGAUGCUUCACAACAACCUCCAGUUGAACUGGUCUGUCCGAGUCCCCCUGUCCGGGGCUCGCCGAUUCUAUCGAAUGGUCAAAUGAACGAUAUGCAUGUUCUCAUCGUGGAUGACAAUGACAUCAAUCUCAAGAUCCUGGCUACGUUCAUGCGAAAACUUGGCUGCAGUUACGACACAGCUUCUAAUGGACUGAUUGCAUUGGAACAGGUUGAAUCUACAAGUCGAGCAUAUGACUUGAUACUGAUGGAUCUAUCAAUGCCUGUAAUGGACGGGCUGGUUUCAACCAGCAAGAUUAGACAAUACGAGAAGGACCACGGUCUCCAACCCUCCCGCAUCAUGGCUGUUACAGGCGUCGCUUCGGAUACCAUGCAACAGGCGGCCGUGACCGCAGGUGUCGACGACUAUUUAGUCAAACCCCUCUCCCUCCGUAAGCUGAAGACGCUUAUAGAACCCAUACUCUAA